AUAUGUCCUCAUAAAUCGCAACUUCCGAGUAUGCAUGCCUUCAGUGACCUAUGAACAUACAACGCUAUCGUCCAACUGAACCGUUGGCGCACGAAAGGAGAAAAUUUCUCGGAAUCUGUAGAACUACAUAACGCACAUCAAAACCAAUUUGGUACCUCAGAUCUGUGUAGAAAUCGAGGCUUGUCGGCGAAGGACAUGUUAGGACAUUUCAUGCAGUGGCUGCAAUAGACGGCAUAUGGACACCACCCAGAUUCCAGUGGUUCAAUGUCGGUUCGCCCACCAUGCAGUCACGUCUGUCAGCAAGCCGCUCCCGACGUCGCGCUGUCGGGCAAAUUAGCCGUCCAUGGCUUUACAUCACAGCCAUCCAACACAGUACCACGUGCGACGAGUCAACGAGCCUCAGCUACAGCACCGGCACCGCCACGACGCCUCGGUCAUUUGCGUAAACCACAACAAUGGAUACCAACAACAGCCCUGGACUCGUACCCUAGCAUGCCCUUAGCGGCGCCUGCUGCUGCUGCCGCCCUCUCCCCCGCCGCCUCCACGCCCCUGCCCCAGCUGGUGCUGGCUGCCGCAGCUCCGGUGGCCAAGCUGGCCCUCUUCUGCGCCGCCGGCGCCUGGGCAGCUCGACGGGGCCUGCUGCCCCCCGAGGGCCGGCGGCUGCUGAGCUCCCUCACGCUCCACCUCUUCACGCCCUGCCUGCUGUUCUCCAAGCUGGCGGCGGGCGGGGAGGGCUGGGCAGAGCUG